AUCCUUCCACCUUUUAAUCCCUAGACCUCUGCGAUGGCCUCCUCUGGCGAACUUGAUUAUGUGCCCCCUGUCCUCAACUACGAGGACUCACCGACACCCAUUACCGAGCUCACCCCUGAGCUCGCGGAAUCUCUCCGCAAGCGGUCACACACUGUGCUCUCGUACCUGGUCGCGACGAACUCCAAGUCGAUAUUCUUCAACGAGUAUGAGCCGCUGGCUGCCUUCCGCGACGCUCUCGAUGGACAGGUGCCCGACGAUGUAGACGAUCUGUUUAGCAAGACCGUCGAGCUCUCCGAAUAUAACGACUACCUUCCGUUCGUCGACCGAUUCUUCCAGAAGGACGUCAAGGUCGCCGACGUCGAGAACCUGAUGGCUCCCGGCCUGCCGUAUUUCAUCGCGCACUCGUCUGGCACCUCGGGCGGCAAGACGAAGCAUUUCCCCAAGUACCAGCACCCGAAGCACAUGUCGACGUCGACAGCGCAGACGAUGGCCGCGUCGAACCCGACCAGCAAGACGGGAGGUAAGAACUGCGUCGUUUACUCGCUUGGGUACAUGGAUGUCGUGAAGCCGCUGGACGAGAACGGGGAGGUUGCGAAGCAUAUCACGGUGUGCUUGAUGUCUUCGGGCACCAUUCGCAUGCACACUGGAAUGGAUCAGCCGAGAGACGCGUUCUACCAGAAGAUGAAAGUGCCCGUCAACACUGCGCCGCUUGGUGCAUCGUUUAUCCCCAACUACAAGUCCUUCAUGUUCAUUCACGGCCUGUUCGCGCUGGCUGAGCGCAACACCGAGCUCAUCAACACGAUGUUCUCGACUCUCUUCCGUGACUUUUAUACCGCUCUCAUUGAGCGCUUCGACGAAGUGGUGGACUGCAUCGAGAAGGGCACACUCCCCGACAUGGAUGGCAUCGCACAUGUCAAGGACAAUCUCAUGCAAUACUGGUCAGCAAACCCUGAGCGCGCGCAAGAGCUGCGCACAAUCGGGAACGACACCACCCAGCCGGGAUGGCUCAAGCGUGUUUUCCCUAAGCUCGCUAUAGUCGUCGCCAUCUCGAGUGGUCCUUUCAGCAGUGUGCUGCCCGAGAUGAAACAUCAUAUGGGUCCCGACGUUCAACUGCGCACGCUUGGUAUCAACUGCAGCGAGGCGUUCCUGGCGCUUGCGUACGACAGCAAGGACCCAAGCUUGUACAAGGUUGUCGGGACGGAUGAGAUCAUCGAGUAUCUCGAUAUUGACCUGCCGGAGAACGCGAAAGGGCUCUUGUCUGCCUGGGAAGUGCAGGUUGGCAAGAAGUAUGAGGUCAUUCUGACUACCCGCGACGGUUUCUGGCGAUACCGCCUCGGCGACGUCGUUGAAGUCGUGGGCUUCGAUCCCCGAGAUGGCCAGCCCAUCAUUCACUACCUCGAGCGUCGCAGCUCAUGUAUCCGUCUCGCUAGUGAGAUCACGACGGAGAGCGAGCUGACUGGCGCUAUCAUGACCGUGUCCAAGGAUCUGGGCACAGUCGCCGAGUUCUGCGUUAUGGGCGACUACCGCGCUACCCGAGCUCGGUAUGGUUAUUGGGUUGAAACACAGAACAACCUCCCGGACGACGCGAGCCACGUACCGGAGAGGGUGCAUGCGGCUCUCAAGGCCGCAAACUCGAACUACGACUAUGAGAACCGGACGGGCAAGCUCGGUGUGCCGACGGUGCACAUUCUCAAGAAGGGCACGUUCGCCGAGUUCCGCGACUGGAAGAUCAGGUCGCUCGGGAUCUCGUCGGGGCAAGUCAAGGUGCCGCUCGUCGUCUGGGAAGAGGCCACGCGCAAGUUCCUCGAAGAGCGAGAAUUACGCGAGGUCGUCGGCCCCGCGUCUGUAGACUCGUGAACGAGGAACGCGAGUGCGAAGGAGUGACGAUGAUUUUGUUAUUUUGGUAUUUAUCUGCGAUCGGUAUGUCAAUAAUUGGUUAUGAGUAUGUAUUGUGCUAUCGUGGAUGUAUUCCU